AUGGGCGAGACGUCCCCGCCACCCAUUGGCGGCCACGGCCCUCACAAGCCAACAGCAAAACGGCUGCCGCUGAUCCUCGUCACCGACUCCCGCCAGCACGCCAUCAAAGGUGCGCGAGCUCCCUUCGCCGGCCACAAUUUCCGCAAGCAACAACAACAGCGCGAGGCUCAACUGAGGCAAAAACCCCCUAAAAACCAUCAGAAUCAUACAGAUAAUAGUGGCAACAGUCAUAGCGACGGCCGAGAAACCUCUCCCGAGGCUCAUUCGUCGCUGGCGGGCCCGCAAUCGGCGCACCACGCCCCUCCCUUAUUCUCGCAACUGGAACACGAGGGAGCCCUCCACCGCCGGUUUGGCUCGAUCAAGAAUCGCUAUACUGAUAUAUCUGUCGAUAAACUCCUUGUAAACUCGCUGGAUAUCCCGCUGGGCCAGCGGCGGCUCCCGCUGUUGCUCGCGCUGACCAAACGCAUUGCGCGGGGAAAACUCCCGUUGCCGGCGCUGCAGCCGCUGGCGAAGCGAAACAUAAGAAGUAUUCCUAAAUUGCUGCUGCUGUUGCCGCAAAGAACGCUGAAAACAUCGCAGAAAUUGGUACUUAUCCCCGAAGACGCCUCGAGUUCUAGUGAUGAAGAACACCUGAUUCUGGAGCUCGGGGAGCUGUCCCAGGCAAUCACAGCCACUCCCAAAAGGAGAGCCGACCUGACGCUGCCGCCAAUGGUCCAGGAAAUCGAUAGACUGAGGGCAGAACUCAUGCUGAAGGAAGAAAGAGCCCACGAAUUCUCACGGACAACGGCGUAUUUCAUGUGUGAAGAGUUUAAUUUGUUAGCCGUAUCCAAAUUUUUGAAACAGCACCACGGCGUGAGACCAAGACUCUACGAGGAGGCGCUAUACGUCCCCUAUACUCUUCCAUUAUUACCGGGUACAGACGGUUAUCGGGUGAAAUCGAAUAAUCUGGCUAAGCUCCUUCCUAAAUUGAGACACAUGGAGAAACUCAUUACCAAGACGGAGCAAACAAACCAUUUAUAUGAGUACUAUCUGGGGGUGGAGACGCCGGAGGAUGCCGGUAACUACCUGAUGGACCCAGGUUUAAACGAUACCAGCGCCCCGUUUGAUCCUCUGGAACCUCAAUUCUUUGCCCCACCAAACCUCACAGAGCCUCAGGAACAAACCCCUAGUCCUCUGGGCCUGGCCCCGUCCCAGGAAGCCAUCCCUUCCACUACCACUAAAAAAGCAAAUACUGAGGUUUCAGUACCCCCAGUACCGUCCGUGGCGACACCACAGCUGCCCCAGGUGGAGGAGCCGGCCUCCUCCACCCGCCACCACGGCGAGAUGUUUGUUUUCGCUUACGGUAUCGUCGUCUUUUGGAAUUUCAGUGAAACCCACGAAAAGAAUAUUUUGGCCGAUUUGGCGUUCGCCGACGACGAUACCAUGCUCAUAAACCCAAUCGACGAACAGGAUAUUGAAACGGAGGAGUUCCAUUUCGAUUACGACCCUCUGAUUCACCGUCCGCGAAUCUAUAAUGAUAUGAUCACCUUACGGCUGGCCGACCAUUUAAUCAAGCUCACGAUGUCCCACGCCAUUGCCCAGCUGACCAAGCUCUGUUUGUUUGAGCUGAGAGUGGUCAACGGUCUCCAGCUGAUCUCUAAGCUCCCGAAAAAGCUUGCCCUCACCGGUCGUUUGGGGCUUAAACGGACUCAAUUGCUUAAGAAACUGGGUAAGAUCUUUAAAUUAAAGGUUGACGUCAACCUCUCGAGUUCUAUCCUCGAUACCCCGGACUUCUUUUGGGAUUUAGAGCCCGCGCUUCAUCCGUUAUACACCGCGGUAAGGGACUACCUUGAAAUCGAUCAGAGAGUACAAGUGAUUAAUGAUCGAUGCCGUGUUUUCCUUGAGUUUGCCGAUAUCGUCACCGACCUGAUCAACGAAAAGAAUACUAAUCGGGUAGCGUGGAUGCUUAUUAUCAUUAUUGGGUUGAGUCUUGCCGUGCUGACGUUCGAGUUUGUCCUCGAAAUGUCAAAAUAA